AUGGCACAUUCAUCUUUACGAGUAUCUCUCUGUCAAUUAUCCUCGGUCCAUGAUAAAAUAGCAAAUUUUCAAACUUGUAGCAGAUUAAUUUUGGAAUCAAAAAAAGAAAAAGCUAAUAUGGUUUUUUUACCUGAGUGCUUUGAUUAUAUGUCAAGGAAUAAAGAAGAAUUAAUAGAACUAGCUGAAACACUUGAUGGGCCUUUGAUAGCACAAUAUAAAAAUCUUGCCAAGGAAAAUACUAUAUGGUUAUCUCUAGGAGGUUUUCAUCAAAAAAUUUCUAAUGAAAAGGAUGCCUUGAAAAAGGUAUAUAACACUCAUAUUAUAAUCAAUGACAAAGGUGAAAUAGUCAGCACUUACAAUAAAUAUCACCUUUUUGAUUUGGAUAUUCCAGGAAAAAUACGACUCAAAGAGAGUGACACAACAGCAUCCGGAAAAGGUUUUGUUAAACCUAUAGAAACUCCUUUGGGCAACAUUGGAUUAUUAGUAUGUUACGAUAUCCGUUUCCCUCGAGCCUCAUCAUUGCUGCGUUUUCAGGGCGGGGCCCAUAUUCUGACUUACCCAUCGGCUUUUACCAUACCGACGGGUUCCAAGCAUUGGGAACUUCUGAACAGGGCCAGGGCCGUCGAAAACCAAUGCUACGUCAUAUCGGCCGCCCAAGUGGGGAUUCACAAUGAUAAAAGGUCAUCCUAUGGUCAUUCCAUGAUUGUAGAUCCGUCAGGAAACGUUUUACUAGAUAUGGGAGGCCCGGAUCAAGCUGUCAAUCAAUGCAAAGUUAUAGAGUUGGCCACUAGUAAAGAGGAACUAAUGGGUCUUAUCGAGAAAAUCAGAAGAGAAAUGCCUUUAGAGAAUAGUUUAGCCGUAGAAAAUAAGAAUUUCUUUUUCGACCACGACGUUUACAGAAAAUUGAUUCAAUGUUCCAAUUUAGACCACGAUGAAACGGAGGAAGAGGAUCAUUACGAGAGCUUGUUACCUAUUGACGAAUCGAUUAAAUACCCUUUCGGUCCUGAAGUAACCAUCCAUCCUUCUCUAGUGAUUGCCCGAAAUCUUCACGCUUUCGCCUUCCCGAAUCGGUCACCUCUUUUACCCGGCCACGUUCUCAUCACUACCAUUAGGAUCCAUAACCCUCCUGAAUCGCUCAUGUUAGAUUGUUCGCGGAGCGAAGUAGCGGCUCUUUUCGAUUUGGCUAAAAUCGUGGCACGCAAGGCGUUAGCUCCCACGUAUUUUAAUAACAAUCCAAAUAGUGCACCUUCGAAAAAACCUAUCCUUUCACCCGCCCAACAGAUUGGUUCCCACACGACGACACCUCACGCUAAUUUACAGCUAAUUGAUUCAUCAGGUCCCGCUUUCACUGUGACGGUGCAAGACGGUAAAGCAGCGGGUGCUACGGUGCCUCAAGUGCAUGUGCAUCUCAUACCUCGUCACAAAGGAGAUUUGAAGAAAAAAGAUGAUUCUAACGCGGAUGUUGAUGACAACGAGAUAUAUCGCAGAUUAGCAGAGCGUGAUGCACAAAGCAUUAAACCUGAAACAGGGAAUUGGAGAACUGUAGAUGAUAUGGCUAGGGAAGCUGACAUAUACAGGAAAAUUUUGUACAAAAACGGGAGUGAUAAAAAUUAUUUUUGUAGUUAAAGAAGAAUAAAUUUAUUAAUAUUGAUAAAUUUGCUUUUAUAUUAAUUUCACCUUAAUAGUUACAAAUGUAUUUGGAAGUAUUUAUUAUAAUGUAUCAAGAGUUUAAUAUAAAUCAAUUAUUCUUUAAAUGUUACUCAUUAGUCAUAUUUAUCUAAAAUAAUUCUUUUUUAUAAGAAAAAUUUUUGGCCUGGAUAUAAUUAAAAUAAAAUAUUCUAGAUAUUUUUCUAAAAAGUUUUUUUAUUGAAUAAAUCCCGUUUUAUUUAUUAAAAAAAUAUAAUUUAUUGAAAUUUAUGAAAUCGAGUUUGGCCGCAUAGUGUAUAAAUGCGAAAAUCAUUUAUUUUUUCUUGAAAUUUUUUUUUGAUUGCCACCAAUAAAAUUGUAUAAUAUUUAUAUAUUUUCCAUCGCUUCAAAUAUAUUG